CACAUAAAUAAACAUUGUGAGUAAACAAUAUAAUAUAUUUGUGAGUCGACGUGGUUUUGACUCAUUUCGGUGCAGCUUCUCGGUCUAGUUUCUCGGUUCAGGUCCUCCGAUGAAGUCAAUAAAGAGCUUCGGCAACGUAAACCGGGUUCUGGCUAGACGUCAGACGGCUCCUACCACCACGGAUACCUCGCCAGAGACCACAUUGGCCACACCAGAAGAGAAUGCGUCGCGCAGUGUUAAACUCUUCUGCGAAUCUGGCGGACCCGGCCAUACGCAAGGCGAAGAAAUAUUACACCUUCCUGCGAUUGUAGAGGCGGCGGAGUCUUCUCCUGUGGCAGCAAAAGAAUGCGCAUACCAGAUCCGAAAAUUCCUCUCGAAGGAUAAUUCGAGCCGGGCCUACGUCCAAUACAAUGCUGUUAUGCUCAUACGCAUAUUAUCGGAUAACCCGGGAUCGACUUUCACCAAAAAUAUCGACAAGAAAUUCGUGGAUGCCGUGAAGGAGUUAAGCAGGACGAGCCGUGAUCCCAGUGUUCAGCAGCUGCUUUCGGACACACUAAACAACUUUCUAAGAGACAAAGAAUCAGAUGUCAAUAUGUCUGGUUUGUUGGAGAUGUGGAAAAAAGAAAAAGUUAAGAUUGAAAAGGUUCUCUCUCAAGCGGGUCAACCCGGCCGCGCUCCAUGGAUAGGGCAUCAUCCUCACCCGCAUGCCCCAGGGAGACAUGCUAAUAACGGGCCGCCCGGUCGACUUCCUGGCCCAGAGGAGUUGGCUUCUCGUGUUGAGGAGGCCAGGAACUCAGCAACACUCCUGACACAACUCAUUCAAUCAACACCUCAAUCAGAGUUUCUUCAGAAUGAUCUUAUCCGCGAGUUUGCAAACCGUUGCCAAGCCGCAAGUCGAAGCAUUCAAUCUUAUAUGGCUACCGAGCACCCAGCUCCGGACAAUGAUACUAUGCUCACUCUGAUUGAAACGAAUGAGCAGCUAUCGCUGGCCACAACUAAGCACCAGAGGGCCGUUUUGCAGACGAGGAAGGCUCUAGGCGUUGCUUCCCCAGAUCCGCAACUCAGCCCUUCCGUCGGACCUGUCAUGACAUCCGGUGUUGCUCCCGCACAACCUGCUUCAAUGUUCAAGCCUGUUGCCCCUCCGUCACGGAAAUCGUUUCCGAAGCCUGCCCAACCCGUUCCUUCGGAGCGCACAGCUUCACCAGUUUCGCCAGAGACAGAAAAUCCAUUCACUGACCCGGUCGAGCCAUCAGACGUCGCUACGCACAGCGUGAUUGACCACAAUGAGCCUUAUCAUCCUGGCUUCGGUUCGAAUACGGCUUCCAAGGAUCGUCGGGAGUCUGCCACAGGAGGAGCAACAUUGGAUACUACUAGCACUUUGAAAGAUGGGAGGAACCAACCGCGAGAUGCAGAUGAUAGCGACGAUGAUCCAUAUGCGGCUCCAGUGCCACAAACAACACCGGUCUAUCGAUACUAG